CGCAGGAGUUGAACGCCGACGAUCGACGAACGUACCCGUUACUCCAAACCGGUAAAUAAAAAAAGCAUAACAUCAUCCAAGUAUACGAAAACGAAGGGACAAAACCCUACAAUGGACAGCGAAAGUGAUCACAAAUUUGUGCUCGCAGACGUUUUGUGACAGUGAAAUUGUGUCUCUACGGAUGUUAUUGUUUGUGUCUGUGAAAACUUUGAGGUGCAAAGAUGAGCUCGAUAGUGAACGCGGCCGCCGACGUCAUAUCGGGCACGGCGAUCGCAGCCGCGAGUACUCAGGUGACCUGGUUCAUACCUAUGUUGGUAGCCGCCAUCGCAUACUACCAGUUCGACCAGACAGACCCUGAAGGUCGUCCUGCAGAUGUGCCAGACACACUCAUGCUGCCAGAGUACGACUUUAUCGUAGUGGGAGCGGGUUCCGCUGGUGCAGUAGUAGCUAAUCGCCUCUCAGAGAUUGGCCAUUGGAAAGUUCUACUAUUAGAAGCCGGUGGAGAUGAGACAGAGAUAUCUGACGUCCCUCUCCUAGCGGGAUACCUGCAGCUUAGCAAGCUGGACUGGAAGUAUAAGACUGAGCCUCAAGGAACAAGCUGUUUAGCCAUGGAAGGAGGUCGCUGUAACUGGCCACGUGGCAAAGUCCUCGGCGGUAGUUCAGUCCUGAACUACAUGUUGUAUUUGCGAGGAAACAAAAAGGACUACGACGGGUGGGAGGCGUUAGGCAACAAAGGCUGGGGGUACAAAGACGUUUUGUACUACUUCAAGAAGUCUGAAGAUAAUCAAAACCCUUCUUUGGCGCAAACGCCAUACCACAGUAAGGGUGGAUAUCUAACUAUAUCUGAGGCUCCGUACCACACUCCGUUGGUUACGAGUUUCAUCGAAGCUGGCAUGGAGUUGGGGUACAUGAACAGAGAUAUCAAUGGGGAAAAUCAAACAGGGUUUAUGGUGGCACAAGGAACCUUACGACGAGGUAGUCGCUGCUCUACUUCGAAGGCAUUUCUACGACCUGCAAAAGACCGCAAGAACUUGCAUAUAGCUAUGCAUUCCCAUGUGACAAAGGUCAUGAUAGAUCCGCGGACGAAAAUAGCUUUUGCCGUAGAAUUCGUUCGCAAUAAAAUGAUAUAUCGAAUCCGAGCUCGAAAGGAAGUUAUUCUGUCAGCAGGAACAGUCAAUUCAGCACAGUUACUCAUGCUGUCAGGCAUCGGGCCUGCUGAAGAACUAACAAAACAUCGAAUACCAGUUAUACAAAAUCUCAAAGUAGGAAGAAACCUGCAGGAUCACAUCGGUUUGGGCGGUUUAGCUUUUAUGGUAAACAAAAAAGUAUCAAUCGUGGAGCAUCGACUACAUACAGUGAGCACACUGAUGGAAUAUGCUGUGCUAGGGGAAGGGCCUUUGACUAUAAUGGGAGGAGUCGAAGGUCUUGCAUUUGUUAAUACAAAGUACAUGAACGCGACAGACGACUUCCCAGAUAUUGAAUUUCAUUUCAUAUCAGGAUCAACGAAUUCUGACGGAGGCGAGCAACUGAGAAAAGUACACGGAUUAUCAGAGAGUUUCUAUGACGCUGUAUUCCGACCGAUCAACAACAUGGAUGUGUGGAGUAUCAUCCCAAUGCUUCUACGUCCUAGAAGCAAGGGAUUUAUCCAGUUACGUAGCGCGAACCCUUACGAUUACCCAUACAUAUACCCGAAUUACUUGACUGACGAGAUGGAUGUCAAAACUUUGGUGGAAGGCGUGAAAAUUGCCGUGGCUGUGUCAAGGACGAAGGCCUUUCAGAGGUACGGCUCGGUAUUGAACAAGCACGUGUUCCCUGCUUGUGCUAGCAUACAGAGGUAUACCGAUGCGUACUGGGAAUGCAUGAUCAGGCAGUAUACUUGUACGAUAUACCAUCCUGUCGGGACUGCGAAGAUGGGUCCGUAUUGGGACCCAGACGCGGUUGUGGACACUGAGUUGAGGGUGUACGGUGUUAAGGGACUCAGGGUCAUCGAUGGCAGUAUAAUACCCAACCUUGUCAGUGGGAACACCAACGCCCCCAUCAUAAUGAUCGGGGAGAAAGGCAGUGACAUGAUCAAGGAGUUCUGGCUCAAGCGGAGGGUCUCAAGAAGAUACUACGCCUGAUGGUCACGUACAAAACUUAUUAGGUAUUAAUCAGUAUUAUGGGGCUCGCCUUCUGUAAAUAGCGUUGUAAUUUAUUUUUGUUGUUAUUCUAUAAAUAAGUUGAUGCGUAACUACACGUGUCGAUAGCAUUUAAAACCUGGACAUUACAAAGUUUAUUACUGAUCUAUGAUGAUGACAUAAGGUAUCUUAUUGUUUCUCAUAAAUCUACCUUACUUUGA